AAAGUAUUCACUCUUAGUGGUAAAACGUCACCGGAUUGCAAUUGCAAAAACCUCACAAUUCUGCUCCAUCGCAUCUGCGAACCCUCAGGUGCGAGUGGUGCAGGUGCUAAAUUGAUGAAGAGAAAAACCCUAAAGAGAAGGGAAGCAAUAAGGAGAGGAGAGAGAGUAUAAUGAAAUGAAGGGCACCUUAGCGAGACACUUUCAGCUAGGAAAAGUAUCUCUAUUUCCUCUCCAGUACCAGCAAUCUUCUUCUUUCACCUCAGUUUCCUAUUCAUCCUCUCGUCUCCAAUACCUUCUAGUUUCUGAAGCCGCCUAUCCACAGUGCCUUUCUCGUUGGGUAACCCCACCAAUAGAGAUGUCGAUGUUGAUGAGAAAGAUUUCAUUCUCAGUCAGGAACUUUUCUGGAACAGAAAAGUUUUCUAUUAUGUAAAGUAAACUUUGAGGUAAAUUGAAUUUCUGUUUUGACAAAUGUCCAAAAACUAUUGGAUUCAUGGCCAAGUUCUUUAUGUUCACUAAUGCUAAAAGGAGCCAAGCUCACAGCUCAUUUGGGCAAAAUGCUGCAGAAUUUGCCCAAAAGCUCUUACGUCUCUUUUUCUGCAUCUCGAUUAUGUAGGAAUUGUAGUAAUGUCAGCUCCAAAGAUGAUGAGUCAAAACAUGAGACUGAUUGGGAAAGAUUACUCAAGCCAUUUGACCUCAAAGAGCUUCAGAAAUCUUUUAAUCAAAUCACUCCAUUUCAGCUCUGUAAGCUUCUUGAAUUGCCACUUGAUGUAGUCACAUCAAUGGCAUUAUUCCAAUGGGCAGGUGCCCAAAAGGGUUAUUGCCACACAUUUGAGGUCUAUUAUUUGUUAAUUAAUAAGCUCGGGGAAGAUAAGGAGUUUAAAGUUAUAGAUAGCUUGUUGUUGCAGAUGAAAGAAGAAGGGAUUGUUUUUAGAGAGUCCCUCUUCAUAUGUAUUAUGAAAUAUUAUGGGAGAGCAUGUUUUCCUGGUCAAGCUACUAGGUUGUUGUUGGAUAUGAAGGGUGUUUUUUCUUGUGAACCGACAUUUAGGUCUUACAAUGUUGCAUUGGAUGUACUGGUUUCUGGUAAUUGCCCUAGUAUUGCAUCCAACAUUUUUUAUGAAAUGUUGAGUAAGGGUGUUUUGCCCACUGUUUACACAUUUGGGGUGGUUAUGAAAGCACUUUGUAUGGUUAAUGAAGUUGAUAAUGCCUGCUCACUACUAAGAGACAUGACAAGAUAUGGGUGUGUGCCUGAUGCAGUGGUCUACCAGACUCUCAUACAUGCACUUUCCAAGAGGGAUAGAGUGAGUGAAGCAUCGAAACUGUUGGAGGAAAUGUUCUUAAUGGGUUGCAAGCCUGAUGUUGAUACCUUCAAUGAUGUCAUUCAUGGUUUGUGCAGGCUUAAUAGGAUUCAUGAGGGAGCAAAAUUGGUAGAUCGGAUGCUUCUCCGAGGUUUCACCCCUAAUGAUAUGACUUACGGAGUUUUAAUGCAUGGGUUAUGUACCACAGGUUGUGUUGAUGAAGCCCAGGUAUUGUUGAACAAAGUCCCUGGUCCAAAUGCUGUUCACUUUAAUAUCUUGAUCAAUGGGUAUGUGAAGAGCAGGCGCUUGGAUAAAGCCAAGGCACUUUUUUAUGAUAGGAUGUUAAGUAAUGGAUAUAGACCUGAUGUUUUCACAUUUAAUAUAUUGAUACAGGGGCUUUGCAUGAAGGGGCUUAUGGGUUCAGCUCUUGAUCUUGUUAAUGAGAUGGUUGUCCAUGGUUGUGAGCCAAAUGCAAUAACAUACACUAUUGUGCUUGAUGGGUUCUGCAAGAAAGGUCAACUAGAGGAAGCUUGUCAUGUUUUUAAUGAGAUUUCGGCUAAGGGACUUGGUCUGAAUGUAGUGGGGUACAAUGCCCUAAUAUCUGCUUUGUGCAAGGAUGGGAAGGUUCAUGUAGCUCUGAACAUGCUUGGUGAAAUGUCGAGCAAAGGAUUCAAGCCUGACAUAUUUACAUUUAAUACUCUAAUAUUUGGUUUGUGCAAGGUUGAUAAGAUGGAGGAUGCCUUAGGAUUGUAUCGUGAUAUGUUAUUGGAGGGUGUUAUUGCCAAUACUGUAACUUACAACAUACUGAUUCAUGCUUUUUUGCAGAGAGAUGCAAUUCAAGAAGCACUUAAGCUUGUGAAUGAUAUGUUAUUUAGAGGGUAUCCUCUCGAUGAAAUCACUUACAAUUGCCUAAUAAAAGCAUUCUGCAGGGCUGGGGCCAUUGAGAAAGGAUUAGGAUUGUUUGAAGAAAUGAUCGGGAAGGGUCUAACUCCCAGUACUAUCUCAUGCAAUAUAUUGAUUAAUGGCCUGUGUAGAAUUGGUAAAGUACAUAAUGCACUUGAGUUUCUAAGGGAUAUGAUUCAUCGAGGAUUGUCUCCUGACAUUGUCACCUACAACAGCCUCAUUAAUGGUUUAUGCAAGAUGGGACGCAUUCGGGAGGCUUUCAGUCUCUUUGAGAAAUUGCGUGUUGAAGGAAUACAUCCUGAUUCUAUUACUUAUAAUACUUUGAUCUGUUGGUAUUGCAGAGAGGGGAUGUUUGAUGAUGCCUUUUUACUCCUUCAUAGAGGUGUCAAUAAUGACUUUGUACCUAGUGAUGUGACAUGGUAUAUUUUGGUUAGCAAUUUUGUUAAAAAGAUUGGUCAGGAGAAUUCAACCUUCUACUAUUCUCAGUUUUAACUGGCUGGAUUCACUUGAAGAAAGCUUCAGAUAUUGGAAGAUAUGACUUCUUUAGGCAUUGUGAAUGAUCCCUUCCAGUUGCGUCCAGAAUCCACAGCAAAAGAUUGUCAAUGCAUUUUCGCACAAUACAAAUCUGCUAUAUCCUUCUAUUCCCUACUUAAUGGUCUGUAGUUGAUGAGUUGGCAUUUUUGUUGGAUUUGACAAUAAUGCUGAUUUGAUGAUCUUCUAUAUAGGUUUUGCAGAUUGAUCUGCUACUUGAGAUGGAUAUCACAAUACAUAUAAGAGGUUGAUUCCACUUUAAAAGAGUAACCGGAUGAAUUUCAACGUAGAUGAAUAUCUGAAGGUUAUCCUGGUUUGUAGAUUAAUGGAAGAUGGGUAUCCAAGGGGACCUCUCUGGAUUGUCAUUCACUUGGAUACAUACUCAUCUAUGUGGUUGUCCGGUGAUUAUUUAUACAAAGGAGCAGAGGUAGCUGUCGAAUAUUCCUGUAUUGCAUACAGAAAUGAUCCAUGAGCAGAUAAUGAGAUGAAUAGGCUUCUUUUUGUAUGAUUCCUCUAGCCUAGUGCACCUUUAAAUUAUUAUUAUUAUUUUUAAAAUAAUACAUAGAAUUUCAAUUUGUGUAACGCUAAGGUCACCCAUUUCAGGCUAAACUAUAUACAAUAUAGAUAUAUAUUCAAUAAUAAUGAUGAUGAAUAUUAAAAAUUCAA